AGCAGUGCACGGUUAGAGACGAAUUUAAAAGCAGCGCGUGCAUGCACAGCUAACUCAUUCAACCAACUGUCCUGCAACAGUUCAGGAGACUUGCACUUUUGUUUUACGGAGUAGUCCAGUGUAAUUGCUCACGAUUUUUGCCUGCAGCACAAAAUAGAACUUGCCAUUGUGUUCCCCCAAAUGAUGAGAGGAUUGUUUCUUUUUUGCGCAGCAAGAGAGUCUGUCUUCUUUGAAUGGGGAUCUCCCAACUGUGUACGCCUGGCGUAGGCAAGAAGACCCUUGAGACGCACAACGCCGGCCAUCUGGAGAUGCACUCAUUGUAGUUUUGUUUACUUCGGCGACUACUUCGUCUUUUCUUUUUUUGUCUUUCUUUUGCCUAGUAACGAUUCACCACGUCGUAUAGCUUAAAGAUGCAGGUGUACAGCUUUGUUUUCGCAGCAGUUUUAUUGUACAUCAGGAGUUUCGUGGAAGCGGAGCCCACGAAAGCUAACAAGUGCCCUGCGCGGUGCGACGUGAGCACUUGCCCAAGCCCCAGCUGCCCGAGCGGGUAUGUCCCCGACCGGUGCAACUGCUGUUUGGUUUGCGCACAGGGCGAAGGAGACCCGUGCGGCCGCAAAGACGACCUGCCCUGCGGCGACGGGCUGGAAUGCAAGCACCCUGCCAACAAGCGGCUGUCCAAAGGCGUGUGUCAGUGCCGAUUCACAAGCAAGGUAUGCGGCAGCGAUGGAAAGACCUACGGGAACGUGUGCCAACUGAAGGCGGUGAGCCGCAAGGCUCUCCAACAAGGUCUCUCCGGUGUCACGCAGAUCCACAAAGGCGCCUGCGAAACUGACCUAGGUCCAAUACAUCCCAACAGCCCGCGGUACAAGUUCAACUUCAUUGCUGACGUGGUGGAGAAGAUCGCUCCUGCUGUGGUCCACAUUGAGCUCUUCCUCAGACAUCCUCUGUUUGGCCGGACGGUCCCUCUGUCCAGUGGCUCUGGCUUCGUGAUGCUGGAGUCGGGCCUGAUUGUGACCAACGCCCAUGUGGUGUCCAGUACCACCCCAGUGUCCGGCCGACAGGAGCUGAAGGUCCAGAUGCACGACGGGGAGGUGUACGAGGCCACCAUCAAGGACAUAGACAAGAAGUCCGACAUCGCCACCAUUAAAGUCAACCCUCAGAAAAAGCUGCCCGUGUUGGUGUUGGGCCACUCCACUGACCUGCGUCCGGGUGAGUUUGUGGUGGCCAUCGGCAGCCCCUUCGCCCUGCAGAACACGGUGACCACGGGCAUCGUCAGCACGGCCCAGCGGGACGGCAAGGAGCUGGGCAUCCGCGACUCCGACAUGGACUACAUCCAGACAGACGCCAUCAUCAACUAUGGAAAUUCAGGAGGGCCGCUGGUGAAUUUGGACGGGGAGGUGAUUGGAAUCAACACCUUGAAAGUGGCAGCUGGGAUCUCCUUUGCCAUCCCUUCAGUCAGGAUAACACGAUUCCUCAACGAAUCCCUCGGAAAACAAAGCAAAGAAAUCCGAAGUGUUAAGAAGCGUUUUAUUGGAAUACGCAUGCUGACGAUCACACCGAGCCUGGUGGAGGAGUUGAAGCAGGAGAACCCCGACUUCCCAGAGGUCACCAGCGGGAUCUACGUCCACGAGGUGGUCCCCAACUCCCCUGCUCAGAAGGGCGGCAUCAAAGAUGGCGACAUCAUCGUGAAGCUGAACGGCAUGCCGCUGCUGACGACCUCCGACCUGAAGGAGGCGCUGACAGAGGAGACGGCCCUGCUGCUGGAGGUGCGCCGCGGCAACGACGACCUCCUCUUCAACAUCCAGCCCGACGUCAUCAUGCACUGAGGAGCGAACACGUCACGGAGCAGUGACGACAAAAGGACAGAGGGGACAGAAAGCUCAUGCUUGACAUGAUUUGACUGUCAACGACAAUGCUAGACAUGACAAACUGUCAAAGACAAUGACUAGUCAAACUGUCAAUCAAGACGGACAAAAGCCAAUCAAGACUGAGAAAAGACAAUCAAGACUGAGGAGGAGGAGGACAAGGGUUGUCAUUUUGUGACCUUAUGCGACGAAAGAGAACAGCUUGGUUGAAGGCUAUUAGUAGCCCUAUCCCGUAAGCUGAUUGAUGCUCUUGGAAAAGUCUACAAAGUUGUGACUCUGCUUUGACAGUCGAGAUGAAACAGCCUUAAGGCUUCAGCUUAUGGCCAGCCUUUAUGAAAUUAACAGCUUGGAUGUACAGUGCGGCUGGCCAGUUAUAGUACUGAAGAUGUUGGCCAGUUUUAGUAGUGAAUGGGUUGUACAGGUCUUAUACCAUGACAAAUGCCUCCUGAGAUUUGAAUUUCAGUUGAGACUGUUCGAAUUGUGUGAUUCAGUGCUCUGGUUUAUUCUCGAUUAUCAUUACGAUAUGCUGUAAUUUCUUUUUUUCCCCUCUGUAUGACAUGUCCACUUCAAUGGGCCACAGGUGUAACAGACACAUAGAAAUGUAUCGAAACCGUUUACAGUAUUAAGAUAUUUUAACACUGACCUUUCUACUGGUGCAGGUUUAGCACUCGGUUCCUCAAAACAUGGAGAUGGAUGUUUAAUAUUGUUGGUUGUUGCUGGAGACACCACAUCUGAAAUGUCUUUGCUUCAAUUAUGAGGCCGUGAGAACAUGAAACCUAAGCCUCGAACCUCCUCAAGAGUCUGUGUAACAUCAACACACAAAAACCAAACUAGCUGGUAUGAAUCCAAUAACAGAUGUGACGAAAACUGGGAGAAGUCAACACACGUGGGGAGAAAUGAAGUAUGACAUGAUGAGCUGGUUGUUUGUCUUUCUUGAGUGAAAGUAAUUGUAGGACCAAAGCAUUGUACUUGUUUUGUUCUUUGUUGUAUUUUUUUGUAAAUUGAGCUGUUGUUUUGUCUUAUGUGCAGGUGUGUUUGGUAAGAUUAUCUCGUUUAGAACCUAUUAGGGGGGACCAACAAUAGCACUUAUGGAUCUACAUAUAGUAUAGGGAGCUGAACUUAAACCUUAAUAACCAUGUUUUGUACUGUAAUGUUUAUAUUCAAGAUUUAAUUUUGGAAUAGGAGAAAAAAAUAGUAUUAGUAAAGGUAGCCCUGGAAUAGGCACCUUAUGGAACAGGUUUUGGGACCGUUUUUUAUACUGUAUUCACAUUUUAAAGAUUUUAGGGUGUUUUUUUUAUUUGGUUGCAAAUACCUGCAGGGUGUAUCCACCGGAAUGAGUUUUAUACUGUUUCUACACAACAAUAAACAAGGUGGUGUUUUUGGACGUUUGA